GAUCCGCUCGCCACCUUCACUCGCGGCGGACGGGCGUGCGGUUGCCAGGAGAGACGCGCGUGCGGCUUCAACGACAGCGCGGCUCGGGCUCUCCCCCGCCAUUUCCUCGCGCAGAGCCCUGGAAUGUCGAGUAGCGGCUCGGGCUCGUCCUCGCGGAAGGAGUUCGACGUGAAGCAGAUCCUGAGGAUCCGAUGGAGGUGGUUCGGCCACCCCGCGGUCCCUCCGCCUCACUCCCCGCCGCUAGGAGACUACUUCGCCGGGAGGAGAGCGGGCGGCAGCUCCGGAGACGGACCGUCCGUUAGCGGCUGCGGCAACUCGGGUUCUGCCAGCGUCAACCCGGGCGCCGGGGGUCACGGCGGGCUGGUGGCCAGCGGCAGCGCCGGGUCUAACCUGUGCAACGGCAGCGGGGGGAACAGAAAGUUUGCCGAUCCUGCGGGGAGUCGGGGCGGUCCGGGGGGAGCGGCAGCGGGAGCGACGGGGGGCUCGUGCCCCCGCUCCUUCAGCCAGCCGGAGUGCCGGAGCUACGCCGCGGGGCUGUCGUGGGUCUCGCCUCCGCCUCACCGUCGCUCUCGUCCGGUGACGAGCAUGGAACCCCCCGGUGAGGCCGCGGUGCCGGAGCCCUUCGCUCACGUCGGCGGCGAGGAGGAAGCGGCGGCGGCGGCGGCGGCGGCAUCAGCCACCGCCGAGGAGAACAACAACCACCCGGAGACAGACUCCAGCUCCUGCAGGACCUCUAACAGCAGUGCCACACUGUCCUCAUGUGUGUCGAUGGAGCCGUGUGCAUGUCCAGAGGAUUGUACGUUCACGGCCCUGUCUCACGCCGACGCCACCUUCCGCAAGAUGGAGGGCUACCUGAGGGCCCGACAGCUGUGUGAUGUCACAUUGGUGGCUGGAGAGAGACGCAUACCUGCGCAUAGGCUGGUCCUCUCAUCCGUUUCUGACUACUUCGCUGCCAUGUUCACUAGCGACGUGCGGGAGGCCAAGCAGGACGAAGUGAAGAUGGAAGGUGUAGACCCUGAUGCAUUGUGGGUCCUGGUACAGUAUGCAUACACAGGCCGCCUCGAGCUGAGGGAGGACACCAUUGAAUCCUUACUGUCAGCAUCUUGUCUUCUGCAGUUGUCAUCUGUGGUUCAGGCCUGCUGCUCCUUUCUCAUGAAGCAGCUCCAUCCCUCCAACUGUCUGGGCAUCCGCUCUUAUGCAGACGCGCAGGGCUGUCAUGACCUGCAGAGGGCUGCUCACACCUACACCAUGGAACACUUUUUAGAAGUGGUUGGAGGUCAAGAGUUCCUGCUGCUUCCCGUGGAGGAGAUGGAGAGGCUGCUCACCUCUGACGACGUCAACGUGCCAAAUGAGGAAACCGUGGUAACAUCGUUGCUGACGUGGGUUCGCCAUGACGCUGCAGCUCGCCAACGCCACCUGCCCUCGCUGCUGGCUCACAUUCGACUGCCUCUGCUGCAGCCACAGUUCUUGGCAGACCUAGAGUCCAACCCUCUGCUCCGGGACAGUGUGGAGUGCCAGCGGCUGCUGAUGGAGGGUAUGAAGUAUCAUCUUUUACCUCAGCGCCGUCCUCUACUUCAGAGCCCUCGCACUCGCCCCCGCAAGGCCACUGUUGGAGUCAUGUUUGCUGUAGGGGGCAUGGACGCCACCAAAGGCGCCACCAGCAUUGAGCAGUACUGUCUCCGUCGGGACACGUGGAAACAGGUUGCCACGAUGAGUGGACGAAGACUCCAGUUCGGUGUAGCGGUCCUUGACGGCCGCCUUUACGUGGUCGGAGGCCGAGAUGGACUCAAGACUCUCAACACCGUGGAAUGUUACAACCCGCACAGCAAGACCUGGAGCGUCAUGCCCCCCAUGUCCACACACAGACAUGGCUUAGGCGUGGCUGUCCUUGAGGGCCCUAUGUACGCAGUAGGAGGACAUGACGGCUGGAGCUACCUCAGCACAGUGGAAAGGUGGGACCCUCAAGCUCGGCAGUGGAGCUUUGUUGCAAGCAUGGCUACACCCAGAAGCACUGUGGGUGUAGCUGUGCUCAAUGGCAAGCUGUAUGCAGUGGGAGGUCGUGAUGGCUCAUCCUGCCUGCGUUCCGUGGAGUGCUUCGAUCCCCACACCAACAGGUGGAGUGGUUGUGCUCCAAUGGCUAAAAGACGUGGAGGUGUGGGUGUCGCUACAUGGCAUGGAUUCUUGUACGCCAUCGGGGGACAUGAUGCUCCAGCUUCAUCUCUAGCAUCUCGAUUAAGUGACUGUGUAGAAAGGUACGAUCCUCAGACAGACGUGUGGACGGCAGUAGCCCCUAUGAGCAUCAGCAGAGAUGCUGUCGGUGUGUGUCUCCUUGGAGACCGUCUCUAUGCUGUGGGUGGUUAUGAUGGACAGGUGUAUCUCAGUACUGUAGAAGCUUACGACCCUCAGACAAAUGAGUGGACACAGGUAGCACCUCUAUGCCUGGGCAGAGCUGGAGCAUGUGUGGUGGCCGUCAGACUGUGAUUUCAUCAACCCACACCUCUGAUGUUUGGCAGACUGUACAUGAUGCGGCUCAGAAGUCCAUCACUGAGAUGGUGAUAUACACCAGGAUCUGUUUCUCUUUAACAGGACACCACCACCACAGGAAACAAGGAUUACACUCUUCACACUCUUUGGCAAAGAAAUAUUUUACACUCCUCUCAAGCUGCCAGUCAUUAAUUUUAGUGGUUAGGGCUAAGUUAUGUGUCAUGUUUCUGGCAGUGUUAUAGUUGAACCUUCUUUUGCCAAAGUGAACUGCUGCUGACACCCACCAUGGCGAAGAGGGUGCAGUGUUUAUGUGAGCAUGACAGAACAGCUGUCUCACACCUUUUUUGCCUAUUUUUUCCUUUCUAGAAAGAUUGGGAACACACACACACACACACACACACACACACACAAACUACGUAUCAGCUUCUAUUUCUGCUGACAGGAAGUUGUGAGAAAUAGAGAGGGAUUGUCAAGCCAGUUGUACUGCCUCAUCAUUUUAUGCUCUGUUUUCCUAACAGUAUCUGAUAGUGUGUGUUUAUGCUAUUUUAAUACAUUCCCUAUUAUUUUUUAUGCUGCAGUUGGCAAGUAUUCUCCUCUUACUUUACCUUCUCUUGCCAUCUGACAGAUAAAAGAAAGACUUUUGACAUAAUCAGCACAACCAUAUGAACAGUUAUACUGUAAAGAACCGUGAACCUCUUUAUUAUUUUCAGUCGAAAACAUAUCAAACUCUUUUAUGUAGUAUUUCUGUGUGUGUGUGUCUUCCAUGUUGCAUCAGUUCACAUCUGAUGUUUAUUGUGAUAUGAAGUUUAUUGUAGCAUGCUACGCCAGAAGAUUAUUUGUUUUUGAUUUUGUUAACCGUGUGAUUCUGCCAUGUAUCGUAAAAUGUGCUCCAUUAAGUGAUGUUAUUCAGUUUAGCUGGUGUUACCAGAGUAAUAAUAACAACACUGUGGCCCCUUGUUGAUCCCUGUAGGGAAAUGCUGUUUUCAAUUUUCUGCAGAGCACAGGGUCAGCUGCUCACUGGCUCGGUUUUAUGCAGGGUGAGUUGAGAUUUUCUGUCUCUCAGCCACCUUCCCUUUCUCCACUGCACAACAGUAUGUGUGUGUGUGUGUGUGUUUGUGUGUGCGUGCGUGCGUGUGUCUGUGUGUGUGCGUGUAUUCAGAGUAUAUUUUUAUCUCAAAUUGGAAUCUUCCCCCUUCCCUUACCCACAUCUCCAAUUCCCUGCUGCUUUCUAUUCAUCCUCAUUUUCUUCCCCGUCUCAUCACCACACACUCACUCACACGCAGUUCACACAAAACCCCACACAUCACCACAGUUUGUUGUCUAGCAGGAUUGGAUACCCAAACAAAGUGAACAACAGACCGUAUAAUGAGACUAUGAAUUUAAUAAUGACGAUUCAGGCUUGUGCCGGCAUUUUGUUUGAUGUCAAGUUCAAAGCGUUAUUAGAUUAGAUGGUGCAGAGGACAAAAUAUGAGCAUAAAGUGGAUCCAGUAAAACAACCCAAUCUGCUCAUAUUUUGUGCUUGUUUCAUUAAUGUAUAGUGAGCAACAUCUUACUGAAUCCACAAUAUUAAGACAUGCCAAACUCCUUUUAUGCCCUAGAAGACUUAAUUGUGCAUUUCCCCUGCUAGGUUUAAUUUGUUCCUGUGUCUAGUGUACGACAACCAAACUCCUGACAGUGAGAGGCAAAGCAGGCAUCCUGUCUGAACUGACAGAUCUAGAGCUAAUAUACCCCCCAGGACACACUUCACAAACACACACGGACAUGUCUCUCUCUCACACACGUACACAAGUGCAUAGACACGCUUCCACCACACAGCUAAAAGCCAAGUGCCCCAGGAGUGAGUGAAGAUUGAAAAGCCUCCCAAAUUUGCCAGCAUGACAUCUAAAGAGCAAAGUCGGGCAGUCUAGCAGUUCCCCACAGCAGAGCUGAUGUUUAUUCAAAGCUAAUGCACCUCUGCAUUAUUCUAUUUUCAAACCUGCAUGCUGUCAGAGUUUGAAUUUAGUUUGAGGUAAAAACAUUCCAAAUCAUUAUACAUGUGUAAAUUAUGUACAUAAAUAAAUAUUGAAUCUGUAUGUGGUCUUAUUGCAUUGUGCUGUAUAUUUCACAGGGCCUAGUCAGUGUCAUGUGUUAUUGUGAUAUUCUUUUUAUACCAUGAAUUCAGAUGAAGGACUGUAAUAAAUGACAAUGAGAGAGAGAUUCUCCAGCUGCUCAUGUCUUUUUUUUGUAUCAGGAUAUUUCACAUCAUCUUAUACAGUACAAUUUCAAUUCUGUAUGUACAGCAUAUCCUGAUGUAACAUGGUGUAAUUAGCUUUUUAUACUGAGAGGAAUUUGAUGUGAUUACAUACAAUAGAAAUGCACAACAAUAACACAAGUUGUUUGAUGGUUGUAUGAAUGUGACAGUUACCAAUAAUGUCAUUAUGUUGUAAAUAUGUUUGUUUGUUAUUUCCAAUAGCAUUCCCAUCAAAGAGCCUUCGCUGUUCAUAUCUUUCUGCAGGUGUUUCUGUUGCAGGCUUUCUCUGAAUUUACUUUCGGGGCCUGGAGGUUAAAAUAGAGGCUCAUUACUCUUAAGUGUGAAUGCUGUGGCUUAAAAGCUGCAGGUUAAGGGGCUUGCUGUGUGAGGAAGAUGGAUGCACACAAUAUACAGAUACUUCAGCCUAGCGGCAGUGGCCAGUACCUGAUCCAGUCUGUUAUUUAUGGCCGAAGAAGCUUUCAAUCAUAGCUUGCUCCAACACCUGGUGGUGCUGAGAAAUGAAGCUGGUGACCUUGUCCUGCCACUUUAAUGGCUUUUGAAUUCAUUACGCUAGACAGCAAGCAAAGGGAAACAGAAAAUACUAGACUGAUUCCACAUGUUUGACAUCAGAAUGUAGAUGUAAGCUGCAGCUGGGCAGUGUCAAUGUAAAAAUACCUGAAUUUACCAGAUUUACUGCAGAGAUGGACUCAAGAGCACAUACUGUAUGAGAAAACUUUUCAUGCCAACACUGUUUUAUAAAAAUAAAACCCUUAGUUCACAAAAAUAUGGACUUAGCAAAAGUUGCAGACAGAAAAAAUGUGCAUUGGGUGAAAUCAAGAUUUUUUAUGUUCAUUGUGUUGCCUGUAUUUCAGGUUUGAGAAAACAAAUGCUGAAUGAUUACAAACUGUUGAAUGUAGAUGCUGCCAUGGGACCUUUGUGUGUAAGAAACAGCCUUCUCCAGCAGAUGAAUUUGACAACUGACAGUUUAAUAAACUCUAUCUGUUGACGAA